AAAUGAAGGCCAUCUUGACGACUCUGUUGGUUUCGGUGUGUGUUGGGGCUAGUUUGGCCGGUGGAUACGGCGGCGGCGGCGGCGGUGGAUAUUACGGAUAUGGAGGUGGAUACGGCGGUUAUGGUGGAUACGGAGGAGGAUAUGGCGGAGGGUACAGCGGAUACGGCGGUGGCGGCGGCGGUGGUGGUGGAAAGGGCUACGGAAAAGGCAAAGGGGGAGGAUAUUCUACCAUUAUCUAUUACCCGGUGGCCCAGGAUUAUUAUGUUCCUGUGCCCAUGGGCGGAGGCGGAUUUGGAUAUGGAGGCGGCUACGGAGGCGGACUCGGCGGAUUUGGAGGCGGCUACGGAGGCGGAAUUGGAGGCGGCUACGGAGGCGGACUCGGCGGAUUUGGAGGUGGACUCGGAGGUCUAGGUGGAGGACUGCCUAACGGUGGACUAGGACUGGCCUUGGGAUCCGUUAAUAACCAAAAUAAUAUGGGAUUAUUUGGUGGUAUGGGUGGCCAAAGCGCUUUAGGAGGAGCUCUUGGUCUGGCUCUCACUGCGUCUAACCCUCUACUCGGAGGACUAGUCACAGCUGGUUCAGGAUUCCCCGGCCUCGGACUUUUGGGAGCCAUCGGCUGAUUGUCCAUACAAUGCUGGUAUUGGUAACCAGACAUUUUUUUCAGGGGCAAGUUAAUGUACAAAAUUUAACAAAUUUUCCCUUUGAUUUUGACUGAAAAUAAACUGUUUCACGUCCGGUUUAUGUUUAGAAGAUAUGACAAUCAUACAAUGAACUGAUAUUUUUUUCUAAUUCUAUAUCAAUUAAAUUACAGAUUAUCUGCAUCUCGCAUCGCAUUCAAGAGUUUUGUCACCGCCCACAUUUGUUCAUAAUUGUAUAUACAAUAUUAUUGAUGCAAUAAAUGGCUGUAUCCUU